AUGCUCAUCACGCUCAAAACGUUGCAGCAACAAACUUUCAAGCUGGAUGUUUCCCCAGAAAUUACAGUUAAAGAGCUAAAGGACAAGAUUGAGUCAGAUAGGGGGAAGGAUUACCCAGCCAGUGGACAGAAGCUUAUCUAUGCAGGUAAAAUUCUAGAUGAUACGAAGGCAGUUGGAGAAUACAACAUUGAGGAAAAGAACUUUGUUGUGGUUAUGGUGACUAAGCCAAAAGCAGCAACACCUAAACCAGCAGAGACACCAGUUAAUGCUGAAACAUCAGCAACUACCACUGCCACAACCGGGGCUGUAGCUGCUGCACCAACCGCAACUGUCCAGAGUGACAAACCUGCUGAGACUUCAACUGCUACAAGUGCUGCUGCCACUGUAGCUCCAGCUGGUGCAACAGCCGGAACUGAGGCUCGAACUGACACUCUCCUGUAUGCUGAAAGUAAUCUGGUCACUGGCCAGGCGUAUGAAAACAUGGUACAGCAGUUGAUGACCAUGGGUUUUGAGCGAGAAAAUGUGGUCCGGGCUCUGCGAGCCAGUUUCAACAACCCAGACCGAGCUGUGGAGUAUCUGUUGGCGGGUAUACCCGAUGAAGGCAAUGAAGAAGGGUUCGGGGGUCAGCCUGCGAUGAGGAGUCUGGGGGAAGUUGAGUCCAACGAAUCGCUGGCCUCGGAUUCAUCACCACAGCUUGCAGGUUUAUCCCCAGAAGGAAUUGGCGGAGAAGAUCCUUUGGCUUUCCUUCGAACACAGCCUCAGUUUCAGCGAAUGCGACAGGCAAUUCAGGAAAACCCACAGUUGCUGCCAGCGCUUCUGCAGCAGAUUGGUCAGAGUAAUCCACGCCUUCUCCAGAUGAUCAGUCAGAAUCAAGAACGUUUUGUCCAAAUGUUGAAUGAACCAGAUGAAGGGUCGGACCAGGAGGGUGGUGUAGGUGCUGGCGGGACUCGGGCACCUCCAGGAUCUAAUUACAUUUCUGUCACCCAAGAAGAGAAGCAGGCGAUUGAUAGGUUGAAAGCCCUCGGUUUCCCAGAGGCCAUGUGUAUCCAGGCUUACUUUGCAUGUGACAAAAAUGAAGACCUCGCUGCAAACUUUUUAUUGUCACAAAAUUUUGAUGAUGAUGACCUCCCAAGUUGA